AUGUUGCCCAAGCUGCCCCUGGUCGGCCACCAUACCCCUCGCAGGUCGUCAUUGAACAGCAACCGAUCAUCAAUUGCAGACCAGCCGAGCCAGCCCCCAUCUCCCGGCGCUGAUGAUGAAACCGUUGUGGAGCCUGACCAGGGCAAUGUCCUGUCUCACAUUAUUUCUCAAUUACGACCCGGUGCGGAUUUAAGUCGCGUAGUACUACCCACCUUCAUCCUCGAGCCGCGGUCUAUGCUGGAGAGGAUCACAAAGUAUGUUGUUACAGUAUUCUGGAAAACUCCGCCGCAAAGCCCACUAACGGGGGUGUCUCAUAGUUUUAUGGCUCAUCCCGAGACUUUGCUGGAAAUGCAGAAAUUUGAUGAUCCUCUUGAGAGAUUUGUAUCUGUGGUCAAAUUUUACCUCAGUGGAUGGCACAUCAAACCUCCGUAUGUUAAACACUUCUCCAGUAGCAUGCGACACAGAGGAACUAAUGCUCUGAUGGAUAGAGGCGUUAAAAAACCGUUGAAUCCGAUUCUAGGCGAGACUUUCACCGGGUACUGGGAGUAUCCAGAUGCUAGCCAUGGCUACUAUAUCUCAGAGCAAACGUCACAUCACCCUCCUAAAUCGAGCUACUUUUUCAUGGUCCCAGAACACCACAUCCGUAUUGAUGGUACUCUAAAGCCUCGAAGCCGAUUUCUUGGAAAUUCUGCGGCCAGCAUGAUGGAAGGUGUAGCUGUGUUGCAAUUUUUGAAUAGAGGUCAGGAUCCACAUGGUGAAAGAUAG